AUGCAUCGUCACCGUGCAGCAACAAUAUGGCUGCUUAUCGCCGCCGCGCGCGCCCUGCAACCGGACGCCAACAUGGCAGGCACAUACAACCUCCUCGCACAGCGCUGCAUUGCGCUGCGCGACAGUAAAAAACGUCAGGUGUGGAUUGGCAUCACCGGCGGACCCGGUGCUGGGAAGAGCACGGUCGCCGAGGCCGUCGCCGCGAAGUGCAGGGACCUCGGCGUCCGCGCUACGGCCUUACCCAUGGACGGUUUUCACUUCUCGAAGGCAAAACUGCGCGACCUCGACCCCCCAGACGCCUCCACGCUGCUCCCGCUCCGGGGCGCGCCGCAGACCUUCGACGCCGAGGCCUUUUGCGCGGCCGUGGCGGACGCGCGGAGGACCGGAAGGUGCGACGCGUGGCCGACGUAUAGUCGCGAGCUGAGCGACCCCGUGGAGGGCGGGGUCGUGCUCUCUGGUGAAGAUGCAAUAGUGCUGUGCGAAGGCAACUACCUCCUCCUCGGAAAGCUCGACGGCGCCGAGGCCGAGCGCUGGCGGCCGCUCGACUUCGACGAGUCCUGGUUCGUGCGGCCACAGGGCGGAGUGGAGGAGCAGCGAAACAGAGUAGUAGAAAGGCACCUCGAGACGUGGACCGACGAAAAGACUGCAGCGUGGGGCGCCGCGACCGCGCGCGAGGGCGCCGAGCGCCGAGCCGAUUCCAACGACGUGCCGAACGCGUAUUUAGUGGAUCGGUGUCGCGGCUUCGCAGAUCUGGAGGUGGAGAGCUUGUGAUGUUAACAUAU